UGGAAUGAGUAUGCCUCGUCUUUCCUCAUAAAGCUUCAAGUUCUGAUCCACUUCCAGAUUGCAGCUCUAAGGCCAGGUCUUCAACGGUGCUGCCAUCACUAACCCGCAGCCAUGAGUUCCGACCAGGAGAUGGCUAUUUUCGGGGAGGCUGCUCCUUACCUCCGAAAGUCUGAAAAGGAGCGCAUUGAGGCCCAAAACAAGCCCUUUGAUGCCAAGUCAUCAGUGUUUGUGGUGGACCCUAAGGAGUCCUUUGUGAAAGCAGUUGUGCAGAGCAGGGAAUCGGGGAAGGUGACAGUCAAGACUGAAAAAGGAGCUACUGUUACUGUGAAAGAUGACCAAGUGUACCCCAUGAACCCUCCCAAAUACGACAAGAUCGAGGACAUGGCCAUGAUGACCCACUUGCAUGAGCCCGCUGUGCUGUACAACCUCAAAGAGCGCUAUGCAGCCUGGAUGAUCUACACCUACUCGGGCCUGUUCUGUGUCACUGUCAACCCCUACAAGUGGCUGCCGGUGUAUAAUGCAGAGGUGGUGUCUGCCUACCGAGGCAAAAAGCGCCAGGAGGCCCCGCCCCACAUCUUCUCCAUCUCUGACAACGCCUAUCAGUUCAUGCUGACUGAUCGGGAGAAUCAGUCUAUCUUAAUCACCGGAGAAUCUGGUGCAGGGAAGACUGUGAACACCAAGCGUGUCAUCCAGUACUUUGCAACAAUUGCAGUUACUGGGGAGAAGAAGAAGGAGGAAGGUACUGGCAAAAUGAAGGGGACACUGGAAGAUCAAAUCAUCAGUGCCAACCCCCUGCUGGAGGCCUUUGGCAAUGCCAAGACCGUGAGGAAUGACAACUCCUCUCGCUUUGGUAAAUUCAUCAGGAUCCACUUUGGUACCACAGGGAAACUGGCUUCUGCUGAUAUUGAAACAUAUCUUCUGGAGAAGUCCAGAGUUACUUUCCAGCUAAAGGCGGAAAGAAGUUAUCAUAUUUUUUAUCAGAUCAUGUCUAACAAGAUGCCAGAACUGAUUGAAAUGCUCCUGAUCCCCACAAACUCAUAUGACUAUGCCUUUGUCAGUCAAGGGGAGAUCACAGUCCCCAGCAUUGAUGACCAAGAAGAGUUGAUAGCCACGGAUGUAGUUACAUAUGCAGGUUUUUAAAAAUACAUUAUGCAUGGGAAUGACAAUAGCAACCUACUGUAGGUGUGUGGUAAGUCUGCUGAUCUGCUCAAAGCCCUUUGCUACCCCAGGGUCAAGGUCGGCAAUGAGUAUGUCACCAAAGGCCAAACUGUACAGCAGGUGAUCAAUUCAGUGGGUGCUCUGGCCAAAGCCGUCUACGAGAAGAUGUUCCUGUGGAUGGUCACCCGCAUCAACCAGCAGCUGGACACCAAGCAGCCCAGGCAGUUCUUCAUCGGGGUGUUGGACAUCGCUGGCUUUGAGAUCUUCGAUCCUAUGGGCAUCUUCUCCAUCCUGGAAGAGGAGUGCAUGUUCCCCAAGGCCACAGACACCUCCUUCAAGAACAAGCUGUAUGAGCAGCAUCUUGGCAAGUCCAACAACUUCCAGAAGCCCAAGGUUGUCAAAGGCAAGGUUGAGGCCCACUUCUCGCUGGUGCACUACGCGGGCACUGUGGACUACAACAUUGCCGGCUGGCUGGACAAGAACAAGGACCCCCUGAAUGAGACUGUGCUCGGGCUGUACCAGAAGUGUUCCCUGAAGGUUCUAGCCUACCUCUUCUCCGGGGCAGCAGCAGCCGCUGAAGCAGAGGCUAAUGCUGCUGCUGGAAAGAAAGCCGCCAAGAAGAAGGGUUCUUCCUUUCAGACCGUGUCUGCUCUCUUCCGGGAGAAUUUGAAUAAGCUGAUGAGCAACCUGAGGAGCACACACCCUCACUUUGUACGGUGCAUCAUCCCCAAUGAAACCAAAACUCCCGGGGCCAUGGAGCAUGAACUUGUGCUGCACCAGCUGCGGUGUAAUGGUGUGCUGGAAGGCAUCCGCAUCUGUAGGAAGGGAUUUCCAAGCAGAAUCAUUUAUGCAGACUUCAAACAGAGAUACAAGGUAUUAAAUGCAAGUGCUAUCCCUGAAGGACAAUUCAUUGACAGCAAGAAGGCUUCUGAGAAGCUCCUUGGGUCCAUUGACAUUGACCACACUCAGUAUAAAUUUGGUCACACCAAGGUCUUUUUCAAAGCUGGUCUUCUGGGGCUCCUAGAGGAGAUGCGAGAUGACAAGCUGGCCCAGCUGAUUACCCGAACCCAGGCCAGGUGCAGAGGGUUCUUGGCAAGAGUGGAGUACCAGAAGAUGGUGGAAAGAAGAGAGUCCAUCUUCUGCAUCCAGUACAAUGUCCGCGCCUUCAUGAAUGUGAAGCACUGGCCCUGGAUGAAGCUGUAUUUCAAGAUUAAGCCCCUCCUCAAGAGUGCUGAGACAGAGAAGGAGAUGGCCAACAUGAAGGAAGAGUUUGAGAAAACCAAAGAAAACCUUGCAAAGGCUGAGGCCAAGAGAAAAGAGCUGGAAGAAAAAAUGGUUGCUCUGAUGCAAGAGAAAAACGAACUACAACUCCAGGUUCAAUCUGAAGCAGAUAGCUUGGCUGAUGCAGAGGAAAGGUGUGAUCAGCUGAUCAAAACCAAAAUCCAGCUUGAAGCCAAAAUCAAAGAGGUGACCGAGAGAGCCGAGGAUGAGGAAGAGAUCAAUGCUGAGCUGACGGCCAAGAAGAGGAAACUGGAGGACGAAUGUUCAGAACUGAAGAAAGACAUCGAUGACCUUGAGCUAACACUGGCCAAGGUUGAAAAGGAGAAGCAUGCCACAGAGAACAAGGUGAAAAACCUCACAGAAGAGAUGGCAGGCCUGGACGAAACCAUAGCUAAGCUGACCAAGGAGAAGAAGGCCCUCCAAGAGGCCCACCAGCAGACGCUGGAUGACCUGCAGGCAGAAGAGGACAAAGUCAACACCCUGACCAAAGCUAAAACCAAGCUUGAACAACAAGUGGAUGAUCUUGAAGGAUCUUUGGAACAAGAAAAGAAAAUCCGGAUGGAUCUAGAAAGAGCAAAGAGGAAACUGGAGGGAGACCUAAAAUUGGCCCAAGAAUCCAUAAUGGAUGUUGAAAAUGACAAACAGCAACUUGAUGAAAAGUUUAAAAAAAAAGAGUUUGAAAUGAGCAAUCUGCAAAGCAAGAUUGAAGAUGAACAGGCCCUCGGGAUGCAGCUACAGAAGAAGAUCAAGGAGUUACAGGCCCGCAUUGAGGAGCUGGAGGAGGAAAUCGAGGCAGAGCGGGCCUCUCGGGCCAAAGCAGAGAAGCAGCGCUCGGACCUCUCCCGGGAACUGGAGGAGAUCAGUGAGCGGCUGGAGGAAGCUGGUGGGGCAACUUCAGGAAACCUUGAAAAGAUGUGCCGCACUCUAGAGGAUCAACUGAGUGAACUUAAGACAAAGGAAGAAGAGCAGCAGCGGCUGAUCAACGACCUGACGGCUCAGAGAGCUCGCCUGCAGACGGAAUCAGGUGAAUUUUCACGCCAGCUGGAUGAAAAGGACUCGAUGCUUUCUCAGCUCUCAAGGGGCAAACAAGCAUUCACACAACAGAUUGAGGAGCUAAAAAGGCAACUUGAAGAGGAGAUAAAGGCCAAGAGUGCUCUGGCCCACGCCCUGCAGUCCUCCCGCCACGACUGUGACCUGCUGCGGGAACAGUAUGAGGAGGAGCAGGAAGCCAAGGCCGAGCUGCAGAGGGCGCUGUCCAAGGCCAACAGCGAGGUUGCCCAGUGGAGGACCAAAUAUGAGACGGACGCCAUCCAGCGCACAGAGGAGCUGGAGGAGGCCAAAAAGAAACUGGCCCAGCGUCUGCAGGACGCUGAGGAACACGUAGAAGCCGUGAACGCCAAGUGUGCCUCCCUUGAGAAGACGAAGCAGAGGCUCCAGAAUGAAGUGGAGGACCUCAUGCUUGAUGUGGAGAGGUCUAAUGCUGCCUGCGCAGCCCUGGACAAGAAGCAGAGGAACUUUGACAAGAUUCUGGCUGAAUGGAAACAGAAGUAUGAAGAAACUCAUGCUGAACUUGAAGCUUCCCAGAAGGAGUCCCGCUCCCUCAGCACAGAGCUAUUCAAGAUUAAGAAUGCUUAUGAGGAAUCCUUAGACCAUCUUGAAACCUUAAAGAGGGAAAAUAAGAAUUUGCAACAGGAGAUUUCUGAUCUCACUGAGCAGAUUGCAGAAGGAGGGAAACGUAUCCAUGAACUUGAAAAAUUAAAGAAGCAAAUUGAACAAGAAAAGUCUGAACUUCAGGCUGCUUUAGAGGAGGCAGAGGCAUCUCUUGAACACGAAGAGGGAAAGAUCCUGCGCAUCCAGCUUGAGUUGAACCAAGUCAAGUCUGAAAUUGACAGGAAAAUUGCUGAAAAGGAUGAGGAGAUUGACCAGAUGAAGAGAAACCACAUUAGAGUGGUGGAGUCCAUGCAGAGCUCGCUGGAUGAAAUCCAGUUGAACCAUGCCAACCGCAUGGCUGCUGAGGCCCUGAAGAACUACAGGAACACACAAGGCAUUCUCAAGGACACCCAGCUACAUUUGGAUGACGCUCUCCGGGGCCAGGAGGACCUGAAGGAGCAGCUGGCCAUGGUUGAGCGCAGAGCCAACCUGCUGCAGGCUGAGAUUGAGGAGCUGAGGGCCACCCUGGAGCAGACGGAGAGGAGCAGGAAGAUCGCAGAACAGGAGCUGCUGGAUGCCAGUGAGCGUGUCCAGCUCCUGCACACCCAGAACACCAGCCUGAUCAACACCAAGAAGAAGCUGGAAACAGACAUCUCCCAAAUCCAGGGAGAGAUGGAGGACAUUGUCCAGGAAGCUCGCAACGCAGAAGAGAAGGCCAAGAAGGCCAUCACUGAUGCGGCCAUGAUGGCCGAGGAGCUGAAGAAGGAGCAGGACACCAGUGCCCACCUGGAGCGGAUGAAGAAGAACAUGGAGCAGACGGUGAAGGACCUGCAGCACCGUCUGGAUGAGGCUGAGCAGCUGGCCCUGAAGGGCGGGAAGAAGCAGAUCCAGAAACUGGAGGCCAGGGUACGUGAACUUGAAGCAGAAGUUGAAGGUGAACAGAAGCGCAAUGUUGAAACUGUCAAGAGUCUACGCAAACAUGAAAGAAGAGUAAAGGAACUCACUUACCAAACUGAGGAAGACCGCAAGAAUGUACUAAGGCUCCAGGAUCUGGUGGAUAAACUGCAAGCAAAGGUGAAAGCUUACAAGAGACAAGCUGAGGAAGCGGAGGAACAAUCCAACGUCAACCUCUCCAAGUUCCGCAAGCUCCAGCACGAGCUGGAAGAGGCCGAGGAGCGGGCUGACAUCGCCGAGUCCCAGGUCAACAAGCUGCGGGUGAAGAGCCGCGAGGUUCACACAAAAAUCAUAAGUGAAGAGUAAUUCACCCAAAUAUUGGAAGGUGACCAAAGAAAUGCACAAAAUGUGAAAAUCUUUGUCACUCUGUUUUGUACUUACAGUUUUUGCAAAUAAAAAAUUUAUUUGCA